AUGCCUCGUCCUAAAGACAGGAACCCUUUCCCUCCCGAGCUCUGGCUCCAGAUUUGCGAGAACCUCGAGCACCCGUUCCCCGAAAACGAUCAUGCACAACGAAUGCUAGGGCUUGUGCGUUUGGGAGAGACCUGUCGGGCGUUUCACCAGCUUGUCAUUCCAUACCAAUACCGUCGUAUUCAGGCCUUCUGGCUGGGAACUCCGACCCAAGACAUCAAUAUGCUGAAGCUGGUGUGCACAUUAAUAGAGCAUCCUGAGCUUCCAAAACAUAUCAGGUUCAUUCACUUUCAGCAGAACCCAGUGCAUAGGAGCACCCCAACAUUUCAGAGCAUGCAACCGUGGGGUGCUGCGUUAGAGAAUGCCUUCACACUGAACAGUUCUGACUGCAACCUUGAGAAAUUCUACGGCUUUCCCUUAUUCACGCAAAACACAUACCUCCUGGUGUUUUUGAUGAAUCUAGCUUCGGAACGACUACAGAGAAUGUCUGUCACAAUGCCCUCCUAUCUCAACGGGAUCAUCAGACCUGAGAGACAAGCACCGAUUGCUGGGGAUGUGAGCGUCCCUAGAGUGCGCCACCUCAAGCGCUUGACAAGGUUGCGACUUGACGACCUGCUUACAAGCGACAAGGCCAAUAUCUUUCGAUUGACUAAAUCCAUGCCGAAACUCAAGAUUCUACAGUUGGUCAACAUCAGCAGGAUCGAGAAGGCUCCUGACAUUACCACUCAGCAUUUCAAGAAUCUGACACUACUCAGGUUCAACAACUGUGUCAUGGGAGCCCAUGCUGUGGAGUCGAUUGUCAUUUCCUGUCCAAAGCUCAAACAAUUCGAGUACAAGCAACGCUAUGAACUGUGGGCGCAAUAUGAUCUUGACCUGAUGGAUCAUGCCACACCAAAAGCACUUUUUGGUUCCCUUCUGCCCACCCAACGAACUCUUGAAACCAUCGAGGUUGAUAUAGCAUGCGCAUGCGAAUACUGGACGGAGAAUCCAGCAGCAUGGACCGACAACGAUCUGCUGGGUUCUGUACCCCCAUUGUCAGCACUUAAAAAGCUGACUGUCAACUUCAACUCGAUCGCUCAAGCGGACAAACAUUGCCUUGUCCGCUUAAUUACAAACUGCCCCCAGUUAAGGGAGCUCAGGCUUAGUCAGUGCGGCAUACCGAACCCUCCAGUGAUGGCUGCAUUCGAUUCUGCAAUUCACGAUGGAGCAUUUCCAAACUUGCAACUGGUUAUUCUCACGGGAGUUGAAGAAUCAAUCAAGGAAGAAGAGGAGGAAGAACGUCGGGUAGAUGAUUGGUAUGGUGCCACCGGUGCAAAGCCAUGGCAGGAGCGUGGUGAGGUUCGAACUUUCUAUCAGAGAACCUAG